AGAAUCACAAAAUAGCUCUCUGUGCGCACUCGUCCAUUCGGCGACUAGUCGACGCAGCUGACGCCACGACGCGGCGGCGGCGCUUGUUCCCAUCGCCGCCACCGCCAUGGCCGAGGGCGCCGACACGGUCCGCGCGCCCGCCGACGCGGAGCCUACGGAGAAGGGAGAGACCUCAGGCCCCGAAUCCGGUGCCGACGAUGACUCCGCCGCGCCCCAGCCGGUGGAGCCCACCUGGGCUUUCUGGAUCGGCGACCCGCAGGAGGAGUCCGCCGGCCGGAGGAACACAGUCCACACCUUCUCCACCGUCGACGACUUCCGGAGCCUUUACAAAAAUGUCAUCCACCCUAGUAAAUUGUCUGUGGGAGCCGACCUUCAUUGCUUCAAGAAUAAGACUGAACCGAAAUGCAAAGGCGCCAUAUGUGCCAAAGGAGGUGCAUGGACCAUCAGUUGUGACGAAGGGAAAUCACAACCAUUGUGGUUGCAUACGCUACUUGCAUUGAUUGGUGAGCAAUUCGAAUAUGAUAAUGAAAUUUGUGGAGCGGUCCUUAGCGUGCGUGGGCGGCAGGAGACAAUAGCUAUAUGGACUAAAGAUGCUACUAAUGAAGCUGCUCAGCUAAGCAUUGGCAAGCAGUGGAAGGAAUUUUUGGAGUACAAGGACUCAAUUGAGUUCAUUCAUGAUAGUGAUGCACCGGCAGUACAAUGCUGGUCCUCCACGUUUCCCGAUGAUCCCCUUGACGUCAUCUACAACAAGGUCCCCAAUCACUGUAGCCGUGUGCGCUUUGCUGCCGUCUGCAGGUCAUGGUGCACUGCAGCUUCGCGGCACCCUGCUCUGCCUGAACUCCCGUGGCUGCUCCUCUCGCCACGUGACCGUGAUACAACGAAGCGCCUCUACUGUCCUGAGGACAGCAAGAUCCUGCAUAUCUCACUCCCGAGUGAUUUCAUCGGCAACUGGUUCGUUGGCAGUCAUGAUGGUGGCUGGGUUGCCUCGUUCGAGCCACCCCCAUUCAGGAUCGUGAACAUCUUCUCCAGUGUAGAGGUGGUGCUCUCCGAGAAGCAGAAGGGGAUCAUUUGCUCAGGCCGCCUUGGCCAGAUCAUCAUUUGGAAAAUCAUUUUCUCCAAACCACCCACUUCGAGUGACUGUAUCCUCGCAGCCAUCACCGACAAUCAUGGCAUCGCGCUCUGCAGGAUUGGGUGUCCGAAUGGUGGGUGGACGACAAAAGGUCAUGUAAGCCAUACGAUGGUGCUUGCAGACAUCGCCUUUUGUGACGGUGAUCUCUAUGGCCUCACACGAGACAGAUGGGAACUUGUCAAGUUUGAGAUCGACACUGACGAAGAUGGCGCACCCAUGGUCGUAGCUGUGGAUCGGCUGGUUGUCACCCCCGUGCACCAGCAGCCCCCUAGUGUCUGGGCCAACCGGGUGGAUGCUGGCUACAUUUUUGAGCUACAUGGCAAGCUUGCGACCGCGGUGAGGUCCCCAUGGUCACCCAAUCUCAGACCUUUCUUCAGAGUGUUCGAACUUGUUGACAUGGACGCCAGCGAGGGGAUGGCACGUGGCACGCACAAGUGGGCAGAGGUGUUGAGCUUGGGUGACUUUGCCCUAUUCCUAGGCCCAAACUGCUCCAAGGCGGUGCAUGUGUCAGCAGACAAGCACGGCGGUGUGAAGAGAAACCACAUCUACUAUUCGUACCAUCGCCGCUUAGCGCAGAAGGAGAUCCAUCUCAGCAGUGACCUGGUGUUCCUGACAAGGUCGAACAAUGAGGGUGAUUCUGUGUACUACAGGGAAGACGGCGAAGCUUUCGCCGCAGCAGCCGUGGGCGACAUUGAUAGGAUCGGGGCAGUAGGAUACUAUGUCAGGGGUGGCCCUAAUCCUCCAAUGUGGCUUCUCCCUCCAGAUAUCUGAUUUAGUUUUUAGUAUAGUGGUUGUUUUUUUACUUUGCUGCUACAAAUGCCUGAAAAUUGUAACAUUCGCUGUUAACCGUUAAUGCUUUAUGAGUUGAACCAUGGUUGUGCUUAGAACAACUUUAGUUUGGCAGGUGGGAGAGAUGAUGGAGUGUAUUAUAUUUUUAUUCAUAAUGCGGUAAUUUGAUGGUCC